ACAGACCUUGUGACUUGACGAAAUCGCUUGUGCCUUUAAACAGGGAAAAAUGAACCAUUUUCACACACACAAUACCUGUGCUGUGAAGGAUGUAAAGUCUGUGGAGGAAGUUUCUAGGCCCCUAAAUGAGGGAAUUGUCGCUAUCUGCAACAUCUGCGAGUCCCUCAAGAAAGCGCAUGUCAGUCCCACCACUGGCACAUGCUCCAAUUACAACCAAAUUAGGAAGCAUAUAGAGGAUGCUGAGCAGUGCUUGAAAAAAUCGGAGACAAUGAUAAAAAAAAAACUGGGAUAUUUGGAUGAAUGCAUGGAGCAGCUUAUUAGAGAGAAACAAAAUGCAGAGCUGCAGAAAAAAGAGAAAAUCCUGGCCUUGAAUAAUUUGCUCAUAAAGAAGAAGUCUGCCGAGGAGUCAUUAAAGCACUCCAAAGCGGCUUUAGAGCAGGCUAAAAAAAGUGUAGAAUCAGCAAAUUAUGCCAUAAGAGCACAUCAAGACAGAAUGAACACAUGUGAUGAUGUAGCAACUGCAGGGACAGUACUGCUUGCAAUACCAAUUAUUGGAUGGAUUGCUGGUCCAAUAAUGAUUAGUGAGGGAGAGCGGGGGUUUGAAGAAGCUUCAAAUGCCUUGAGAGAUGCUGAAUGGGAGAAACAAAUCUUUCAGUCACAAGUGAGGAACUGCAAUGAAAAAGUGCUUCAUUAUGAGAGAAUAAUCUCUAGGGCACAGACUGAAAUUGAGCAGACCGGUGAGACACUGAAGAGAACUGGGAGGAAGAUUGAAGAGGUUCAAAAGCAUCUAACAGGCACAGCUGGUAUUCAGCAAAUGGUCAGGAGAGUUGUGAACCUUCUGAGUGUUCUUAGUGGAAGAGUCACUGUUCUGGAGAGGCAAACACAACGUUUCAUCCUCUGGCAGCCUGUUGUAAAAGCCAUGGAAGAUGUGAUGAAGGCAGUAGUAAAUAUCGCUCAGAAUCGGCUUCUCUAUAGUAAUGGUGCCCCAGGCCUUAUUAAUACUUUGAAGGAGAAUGUUCGAGGAUUACUGGCUUUAUGCAGCUCACCCAGUAAUUCUGAAUAUGAGAGCUAUUACUGAUAAUCUCAAUGUAACUCACAUUAGGGUUGUGAUGAUAAAUCAAUGCACGCAAAUACAUCACAAUACUCUGGAAUCGAUUCUGAGCUUAAUUUUUAACAGCAGAUGGCACUCUAAACUAUUUUUUAACCAAACACUCUAAUGCUCACGAAUAAUAGCGCUGAAGAGCAUCAUGUAAUUCAUGUAAUUGCACCUCGGCUCAGAAUGCUUGUAUGAUACGAGAUUAAUGUAAACACAACCCACUCUCAACAUGUUUGUAAUUCGCUUUAACCUUUUCUAACUUUAUGAAAUAUUAUUUUAGGUUCAAGUGUGUGUAAGGAAUUGGAAGCAAACAGAGUACGGCUGUUUAUAAAGCAUGCAGUGCCAUCUGCUUUUCAAAACUAAACUCAGAAUCGAUUCAAGAGAGAAUCAUCUCAGAAUCAAUGCAGAAUCAUUUCUCGAUUCAUGAUGCAUGGAUUCAUCAUUGCAACCCUAACUCACAUUGCAAAGGCUUUCAAAAGGGUUAUUGGUUUUUAGAAACCACUCAAGUAACUAACUGAAAGUUAGCCUUUCAUAGUGAAUCAGUGAAUUCAUAGUGAAUUUGGCAUUUUGUCAACUUUCACUUUGUUUGGCACUAGUUUUUGAUCUGUUGAUAAGGGAGUGACAGCAUCAAAGAUGUCACUACCCUGACAGUUGGCUGAUUCAUGAUCUGUUUGUUCUAAAUGGUGUAGGCUGAUUGGCUGCUGGUCAAAUGGGUGUCCGAAGUGGAAAUCACUUUCCGCUAGCAGCUACAUGCUGUUGUUUCGCUCUCUUUUUGAUUGUCAUGUUAGGUUUUGGUGUCAGUUUCUGUUCCAAGUACUUAGUUAACUAAUUACCAAAAAGCCACUGGGAGGCAAGCCUAAAUAAAUAAAAAGAAUGUGUAAUAUUGUAUAUUGUACAAAAAUA